AUGUCUUUCCAGAAGCCCGAGAAGGAUUUCGGCGAGGGCCCUAAGGUCCACAAGAUCCGUAUCACCCUUACCUCUCGCAAGGUCGCCUCCCUCGAGAAGGUUUGCUCUGAGCUGAUCGACCGUGCCCGCUCCAAGUCCCUCCACGUCAAGGGUCCCGUCCGUCUUCCCACCAAGACCCUUCACAUCUCCACCCGUAAGACCCCCAACGGUGAGGGUUCUAAGACCUGGGACAAGUACGAGAUGCGCAUCCACAAGCGUCUCAUCGACCUCCUCGCCCCCACUGAGACUGUUAAGCAGAUCAUCAUCAACAUCGAGGCUGGUGUUGAGGUUGAGGUCACCAUUGCCGCUUAA